AUGUGCACGAGCGCGCCCAAGCCGAACGUCUGGGACGAGUACCUCACCCCCGACGGCGGCGUGAGCAGAAUCGACGCGAAGGCGAACCGCGGAGCGAAAAUGCGCGUCAACGACGACGAGCGCGCGACGUCCGAGCCAACAGACGGCGCGUCGCUCGCGCGUGCCGCCGAGGACGUGUGCACGCGCUCGUUCUCUGGGACGCCAACGACGCAGCCGGAGCUGUGUCUCGACUGGGCGUGCGGCCCGGACGUGUCGGGGAGGUGGGACGACCCGAAGCGGCUGAAGAUCUUCGCGUACAUCUCGAAGUUCAUCCACCGGGAAACUCUUCGCGGGGGACCUCGUAAAGCGAUCUUGCACGCUCGCAAGAAGGAUUCGGACGAGAUUGGCGCGGUAUGCGUCGUGCACCUCCUGCACGGGAACGCUCAGCCGUACGGAUCGACGUUGAGCGUGGUGUGGAACAUGGUGUGUCGUCACGGCUUGCCGCCGUUUGGCGACGUCGCCGGGUGCCAGAAACGCUUCGAAGCGGCGGACAAGUUGACGAAUGCGAUGCACAAGAGGCACGGCUCGAAGAGCGGACUUCGGCACGUGUACGUCGCGAUGAUGGCCGUGGACCCGUCCGCGCAGGGACAGAAGCUGUGCUCGAAGUUGAUGCGAACGGUGUCGAAAGUCGCGGACGCUAAGGGACUUCCGUGUUACCUCGAGUGCAGCGGAGAAAAGAACCGAGAGGUGUAUCGACGGUUCGGGUACGAAGUCGCCGAACGAUGCAGCGUGAAGGACCCGGGCGGAGGUCCUGGCUUCGACGAGUACUACGCGAUGGUCCGGAAGUCGACAAAGUCGGUUUGA